UCUGGGUAUUGUGGAGGAAAGAUCUAAAGUUUGAUAUUAAAGAGAGGACUGGUUUUUAUGUGCAUGGGAUGCUGACAGAACAAGAGCCAACACAGUUUACUUUUAUAUAUGGGUCAAAUGAAGUCAAUGAAAGGCAGCAAAUGUACCAAGAACUAAAGUCGAAGGUGGAUCCAUCACUUCCUUGGCUAGCAGUAGGAGAUUUUAAUGCAAUUCUGAAUAGCUCAGAGUCUUCAACCUCAGGGACACUAGGGGAGACUGCCUCCCAGUUCUCUACCUGGAUAACAGACAUGAAGCUGAUAGAUCAUAGAGUCCUAGGACCUUGGUACACAUGGUCUAACAAGCAGGAGGAAAACCCUAUAGCGAGAAGAUUGGACCGAGCUUUAGUCUCGGAGAGCUGGCUGGAGACCUAUCCUAGGAGCAGUGUCAGAAUCUUGUUACCUGGCUUGUCCGACCACUGUGGAGUCUUGGUCAGUCUAGAUUCAGGGAUCAAAACCUUACCAAGACCAUUCAAAUACUUCAGCUUCUGGAAAUUGCACCCUGACUAUGAAAGGCUAGUCACAGAAGGUUGGGUUUGCCCCACCACAGGCUCUGCCAUGGCAAAAUUAUAUCAGAAAUUGCGAAACAUCAAAGGUAGGUUGCAGAAGCUUAACAGAGAACAUUGUUCAGAUAUACACGAGAGGGUUAAGAUGGCGUGGCAGGAACUAACUAGAGCUCAGCUAGAAGUGUUGGAGCGCCCUGCCUCCUCAGCAUUCCAAGCUGAGAAGAGGUGUAUGGUCCAGCUUCAAGAGCUCCAGCAGGCUGAGGCAUCCUAUAAUCAACAAAAAUCAAGGCAAUCUUGGGUGAAUAGUGGGGACUCAAACUCUGCUUUCUUUCACAGUAUGGUUAAGACUAGGCAAGCAAAGAACACUAUUAGACAGUUGAUUUCUGACUCUGGAGCUGUUUUGGAAGAUAUAGAAGAAAUAGGUCAAGAGGCUGUUCAAUUCUAUAAAGGCCUACUGGGAACAAGAAAUGGGGAAUUGAAGAGAGUCACAGUUAGUACUCUAAGGCAGCUGCUGGUUAAUCAUUUGGUAGAAGGGGAAAGUGCUGGUUUAUGUGAUAUGGUUACUGCUGAUGAAGUAUAUCGAGUAGUUAAGAAUAUGAAGAAAGGAAAGGCACCAGGGCCAGACGGUUUCACAGCAGAGUUUUUCAAGGAGCACUGGGGACUAGUGGGGGAGGAGGUGACUAUGGCAACUCAGGAAUUCUUUGUCACUGGUCGAAUGAGGAAGGAAGUGAACUGCACAAUAUUGGCUCUGAUCCCAAAGGUACCUAAUGCUAACACUAUGAAGAACUUUCGACCUAUCUCCUGCUGUAAUCUUGUGUAUAAAUGCAUAUCCAAGAUCAUUGCUAAUAGAUUGAAAAAAGUGCUGCCAAAGAUCAUUAGCCCUAACCAAUCUGCCUUUAUCAAAGGUAGGCUUAUAACAGACAAUAUAAUCAUGGCCAAUGAACUUGUAAAGUGGUAUAGAAGAAAGAACAUAUCUCCUAGAUGUGCUCUUAAGAUUGACAUAAUGAAGGCCUUCGACAGUGUGGAUUGGGAUUACUUAUACUGUGUGCUGCUUGCAAUGGGAAUCCCAGAUAAGUUUGUUAAUUGGAUUAAAGGUUGCCUUGAGUCCACUAGUUUCACUGUUUGUGUAAAUGGGGGACUUACAGGCCAUUUCACAGCCAAAAAAGGUUUAAGACAGGGGUGUCCCCUGUCCCCAUAUCUCUUUGCAGCCAGCAUGGAAGUACUUAGCUGCAUGUUCAAUAGAGCAGCUUCUAGGUCAGUAUUACCCUACCACCCUCAAUGCAGUAGAAUAGGCCUCACCCACUUAUGUUUUGCAGACGAUCUGCUUGUGUUUACUAAGGGUACAGUAGAAGGUGUGACUGUGAUUGCAGAUAUUCUUCAGAAGUUUUACUUAGUCUCUGGUUUGCAGUGUAACCCUAACAAAAGUGAGAUAUUUAGUGCUGGGGUGACAGAAGAAUUGCAGAAUGCUCUGGUGCAACACUCAGGUUUUAAAGAAGGUGCAUUGCCUGUUAGGUACCUCGGUUUGCCACUAAAUGCAGGGAAGUUGACUGUGGCAGACUGUCAAAACCUAGUUAACAGAAUAGCUGGAAGAAUCCAGGGUUGGCAACCCAAGCUUCUAUCCUAUGCAGGUAAGAUUGAGUUAGUAAUCUCUGUGCUGGCUAGUAUGACUCAAUACUGGAUGCAAGUGAUCCUUCUGCCUAAGAAGAUUAUCAAAGAGAUUGAGAGUCUCUGUUCACAGUUUCUUUGGGGUGAGCUGGAGAGAAAGAAGAGAGCUAAGGUUGCCUGGAAAACAGUGGCUCUUCCUCGUGUUGAGGGUGGAAUGGGAUUCAAGGAUCUGCAUUCAUGGAAUAAGGCCUGUCUUGUUAGACAUUUUUGGGGAAUUCUGGCUAUGCAGGAGACUUUGUGGAUUGCUUGGCUACAUGCUUACAGGCUUAGACAUCAAAGCAUAUGGGAAAUUCAAACGAGAGGAUCUUGGAUAUGGAAUAAAAUACUGAAAAUUAGGGACUUGGUGGCAGGGAGAUUAUAUCUGACCGAUAGAGGUAUUGAAUGGGAUGGAGAAUUAAUGCAGCACUUUAAAAUAAGCAGAGUAUGGCACAGUUUGAGACCCAGAGGAAAUCUAGUGCAGUGGUCAGAAUUGGUUUGGAAGGGUGGUAUCCCAAAGAAUUCAGUGUUGACUUGGCUUGUUCUGCUGAACCCCGAAUGAUUUUCAUUUGAAAAAAAACAAUAAAACCUAAAUGUCUAAAACAUAAAAGACCGUAUAAAGUUUCAUUGAAAUAAGAAAACCCUCUAAACAAAGUGAUUUUUUGGUUGAUUCGUCCAGUGUUGACCUUGCCCGUUUAUAGCGGCUACCAUGGAGAGAACAUUUUAAGCAAUGAAAUAUUUGAAAACUAAUUUGCGCAACAAAAUGCGCGAUGAAUUUUUCAUUGAUUGCAUAGCUAUUUUAUUUGAGAGAGAGUAUGCUAUUGAUAUGGAUGGAUAUUAUAUUAUUGAUGGGAUUUGCCAAAUUAAACAACCUUCUAUUACAAUUGGCAUUAAUGAAAGUUGAAACACAAUUUAUUAACCAAACCUUUCAGAUUUUCCAAAUUAUUAGCCUAACCUUUCGAAAUAUAAAUAUUAGCUAAAUCUUUUAUAAUGCAUCAAAAUAUCAGUCAUUUGUCUGUUACCGUUGGUAAUUUUGCAACUAAUUUCUUAUUUGAAAUACUAAAAUUUUGGAAUGUUGACUAUUUUUGUUUAUGGCAUCUAAUAUUAUAUUCAAAUGCGGCUCAGACUCUACUAUGUUUUGGAUCCGCCGCUGCUAAUAGCUACUAUUUUUCCUUUUUCUUCAAACAUAUACAUUGAAAAUCGAUAAUUUUUUUCACCAAAUUUUUUUAGCGUCCAGCUUUUGGUUCGACCACUGUAUUGGCGGGUAGUGAUGGCAAUGGGUCAGGGCGGGACGGGGUACCUCAAUACCCAUGCCAACCGCACGAUGAGCUGGGCUCCUAGAUCUGCGGCCCGGAUUAAUUAUUGACAAGUCAGUAACCACUGGUUACUGACUGUAUCUUGGACCAUAAGAAAGAUUGCAAAAUUUGCUGUGUAUUAACUAUUAAAUAUUAAGGUAGGUUUCUACCAAAAAAAUAUUAAGGUAAAAAACUUCAGGUCUAUUAUUAAGGUAGGUUUCUACCAAAAAAAUAUUAAGGUAAAAAACUUCAGGUCUAUUAUUAAGGUAGGUUUCUACCAAAAAAAUAUUAAGGUAAAAGACUUCAGGUCUAUAAGAAAGAUUGAAAAAAAAAAAAAAAAGUUUUCCGCUGCCGGGAUUUGAACCCGGAAUUCGAUUCAAUUGAAUUUGCCAGAUUGCUACAGCGGAUUUAAUUGUUCAGAUAGCACCUACGAAACUAUAUAAUAAAUACCUUUAUUAUACUUUUUAGUUAGCAAUGUGCCAUUGCCGCCAUCCAACGGCUCCGUGAAGUACACAUCCAUCCCUACCCAACGAUCCAACGGACCACACUCGUCCUGCGGCAGACAAAGCGAAUUCGUGCGCUGUCCCCUCGAGCCGAUCCCUUCAUCAAGUGUCAUAUCAUACAGCCCUCUUUGACAUUUGCCAUUAGCUUUACCAUCGUCUUAGGCAUCACCGUCCCUCACAGCCACUUCCACUUGGCCUUAGAAUAAGCUCGAAAUCAUAGUGGCAGAAGCAGUCCAAGAGAGGAACGAAAUAAAACAGCAAGGAAUGAAAAGAUGAAAGGCAUGAUAUAUUGGAAGGAAGAGUCUCACUGGGAAAUACAAUAACAUAAUAUUAUCUAUGGCUUCUCUGUUUGGGUUUCAUUUUGUCAGUAACCAAUGAACACCCUUACUCUAUACCAUAUGGUAUAGUGUAGUAAUAUCAAUAUAUAUCUUUCGUUACCACCCAAUACCAUAUGGUAUAGUGUGGUAAUAUCAAUAUAUAUUUCGUUACCACAUAAUACCAUAUGGUAUAGUGUGGUAAUAUCACACAAUACCAUACAAUACCAUAUGGUAUAGUGUGGUAAUAUCACACAUUACCAUACAAUACCAUAUGGUAUAGUGUGAUAAUAUCAAUAUAUAAUUCGUUACCACACAAUACCAUACAUUACCAUAUGGUAUAAUGUGGUAAUAUCAAUAUAUAUUUCGUUACCACCGAAUACCAUAUGGUAUUGAGUUAUAAUAUCAAUAUAUAUUAUCUAAAAGAAAAAAAAAACAGAAGGAGGUAGAGAAAAAAAAAUCGUCUUCUGUCGCCUCUCAUUUCCUCUUUCGCAAUCAAGAACACCAAAAUGCCAAAAAUUGAGAAAGAUCGAAAUUGAGGCCAACGAGAUGAUGAAGAGAAGAAAUGCAAUGAAAGAGAGUGGUUGCAAUUUUUAUUCGUCCUGGAGAAAAAAAAAUAAAGAAGAAGAGAAGGGAGCAGAUUUAGAUCUCAAAAAGAGAUUGAGAGAAAAAAAGGAAGAGAGAGGAUCUGGAAAAGAGAUUGGGAGAGAAAAAGGAAGAGAGAAAGAUAAAUGAGAGUUGCAGAGAAAUAAUGGUUUCUCUUUCCUUCUUUGAAAAUGCAGCCAUUUAAUACGAAAUAAAAUAAAUAAAGAAUUUAAUGUAUAAACGGACAAAAAUACCCUUAUCCACUUAGCAUCCGGCCCAACCACACGAUUGCUUGCCUCGUAGAUCUACGGUCACUAUUUAUUUCUGACCUGUCAGUAACCAAGUGGUUACUGACCCUAUCUUCUGCCGUUGGCCGGACGCGGGGGAAGGGGAGGGGUAUAUUUGUCCAUUUUUGAAUUUGUUUGAAUUUAUCCAACAUUUAAUAGUUGGCUUUUCAAUGAAGGAGAGAGAAAUGGUCUUUUCUCUGCAACUCUUCUUUCUCUUUCUCUCUUCCUUUCUCUCUCCCAAUCUUCUUCUCCUGAUCUAGAUUUGCUCCCUUCUCUUAUUCUUUUUCUUUUUUAGCAAUCGACGAAGAAAAAUUUCAGCCUCCCUCUUUCAUUGCAUUUCUUCUCUUCAUCAAAUCGUUGGCCUCAAUUCGGAUUUUUCUCAUUUUUUGGCAUUUUGGUGUUCUUGAUUUUAGAGGAGGAAAUAAGAGUAAAUAGAAGACGAGUUUUUUUUCUCCCUCCUUCUGUUUUUUUUCUUUUAGGUAAUAUAUAUUGAUAUACCAUACUAUACCAUAUGAUAUUGGGUGGUAACGAAAUAUAUAUUGGUAUUACCACACUAUACCAUAUGGUAUUGGGUGGUAACGAAAUAUAUAUUGAUAUACCACACUAUACCAUAUGGUAUUGGGUGGUAACGAAAUAUAUAUGAUAUUACCACACUAUACCAUAUGGUAUUGGGUGGUAACGAAAUAUAUAUUGAUAUUACCACACUAUACCAUAUGGUAUUGGGUGGUAACGAAAUAUAUAUUGAUGUGGCAAAUUCAUACCAUAUUGUAUGCUCUUAUUUAAUACCAGUCAAUACCAUAUGGUAUAGUCGAUACCAUAUGGUAUAGACUGGUAAUAACUGGAAAAAAAUUUUGUGUCAAAAAAAUAUCAAAGUGAAUAUCAUUUUGAAGAGCAUAAUUAAUCUGAUCUAACUGUGCAAAAAAAUUAAAUUUCGACUUAAAACGAGUGAGAAAUCGUCCGUUAAAGAUUAAGAGAAGGAAAAUUGAAGGUUUUUCGAUGAGAGAGAAGGAGUUCCUGAUGUGGUUGGUCAAAAGUCAGCGCAUCAGCAAUGAAUAGGGGAUAAGUGCAUUUUACCUUACUGCCCUUUAGCAUUUAAUUUAAAUAAAAAAGUAACUGACACGUGGAGAGAGGAGAGGGGGGUUACUGAUGGGUUACUCACCCAUCAGUUACUCACCCGAUCUGCUCCCCUUUAUACUAUUACUUAAUUAAUUACUUUAAAAAAUGAUGGCUGCCUGAUUUCGUCCCAACUUUCUUCAUAUUCUUUCCGUUUUUCUUCUCAUACAGACAAAAUAAAAUACAGAAAUCUGAAAAUUUGAUGCUUUCCGAUUUUAAUUAAAGGGACUCAUGAGUUAAUUUGUGUGACUCGUACCAAUAAUUAGUAGUGAGGCAAAUAACAAGUGAUUAAUGACACAUUCCAUUAUAAUUCUUUCCUGCCAAGUUUCUGACAAUAUUGAUAUGUGGAGGAAAAUUAAGAAAAAGGUGUGCAUGGUCAUGGUGGGGAUCAUGUCGCACUCACUCCCCAUAUAUGUGUACCUAGUGGACUCAUCAAACUAACCGAAAGAUAGUAAGCAGGACUCCAAGAUAGGAAUGGAGCAUGGCAGCUGGCGUAUACAAGAAAAUAAUAAGGCAAAAUACGCUUUUAUAGUCACAACUUUCAUGUUUAUAACACUUUUAGUUAUAAUUUUCAAAAUACACAAAAUAGCAACUUUCGUACAUCCCUUUAAUGGUGUCACUUAACAGUAUGACUGGACUAACGGAAAUGAUGAGUGGGCGAUCCACGUGGAUUAACAAAAAUAAAAAUACACUUUCAUAGCCAGACAGUUAUAGCCACAAUUUUCAGGCUUGUGAUAGUUAUGGACACAACUUUCACGCUUGUGAAAAUUAUAGCCACAACUUUCGAAACACACAAAAUUUCCACUUCCGUCCAUCUCUUUAACGGUGUCACUUAUCCAUAUGACUGGAGAAUGAUGCCUUAUUUCCUCAAUUGCCGAUUCAGAUCCCCAAUCACUAGAUUGAAGGUGAAGGCCCCAAACACUUGCUAGAGUCACAGAGAAACAGCCAGAAAAAGGGUAAGAAGGUUGCGGGAAGAAGCUGACUACGACUGUGAAGAAGAAGGCAUCAUGAAAGAAGGAUGUUGCGGCUCGUAGUGCAUUUUUCCCUCCAAUUCCUCGAAACCGUUGUGGGUGCGGUUGUUCUUGUUUUCGGUGAAGCUCGAUUUGUCGCUGUCAAUUGGCCCAAUUCAUUGCAUUUCCUCUCAAAUUGAGCACUAAGAAGAAAUCGAGGACAGGAUCGCGCCAGUUUCAUGUAUUUCGAAAGAUUCUAAAGGAAAUGACUAGAUUUGUAAAAAAAAACAUCAAAAUUCUGGCUAUUUUUAUAUUUCAAAAGUUGUGGCUAUAACUAUCACAAACGUGAAAAUGUAGCUAUAAUUGUCACAAACGUGAAAGUUGUGGCUAUAGAAGUGUAUUUUGCCUAAAAUAUUUUAAAGUAAAUUAUGAGGUGGCAUCUACGUGGCAAGUGAAGUUGAGUUGUCGCUAACGUGAUCGGCAAUUUGGUAUCCUAGUCAGCCUGCCGUUAACCUAACUAACGAAAUCUCUAACACUGUUAAUGUUUGUAACGGAAAUGGCUAGAUUUGUCAAACAAUGAUCAAAAUUCUGACUAUUUCGUGUAUUUUUUAAAAUUGUGACUAUAUCUGUCACAAAUGUGAAAGUUGUGGAUAUAUAAGUAUAUUUUGCCAAAUAAUAAAUAGGAAAGAUUUAUAUUUGAGGUUCUUCAAUGAUUGUCCAGCUGCAAAGGCAUACAGUUGGGAAGAAAAGCAACUGCUUAGAGUCAGAAGCAAACAAAUUUCCAUUCUUCCCACUAUUAUUGUUAAUUUAAAUUAUUCUCCUUUAGGGUGGGUUUUGUCAUAUGUUUCUAUCAACAAAUAAAUCAUUUUUGUUUAAUUUUUGGGUGGCUAGAAAAAGUUUAUUUUAGAUAUAUAUAGGGCGGUUGGGUAAAAUCAAAUGUAUUGCAUGUUUUGAGUAAAAAAUUAUAUUUAAAUCGUUAAUUGAUCGAAAUUUGACAUAUGGUACUAUUCUCAUAUCCAUAAAGAUCAAAAUUCAAGUUUUAAUUCUAUAAGUCUCAUACACUAAGAUCAAUUUAAUUAGAAAAAAAUCGGCAGUUAUGAUUCGUCGAAAUAUAUGCGACAAAUUACA